ACAGUAUGAGCGAGGAGCAACGCGGAGAUUCUUGAUCGGCGUUCAAUCCGGCCUCUCAUGUUGUGACCUUCCUAAUCAAACCUCAAGCACGGAAUGUUAUGCCCGCUGGAACUGCCGAUGGGGAAAAGGCAAUGAUGGAUCUGGCACUCUCUCAUUGUUCAGCAUAUAAGAUGGCCUUGAUCCUCCAGCACUUGGCAUAAUCGAUGCAUCCAAAUCGGUAGGCUUUGUUGGGAGCAGUCAAAAUGCAUGUGUCUACGAUCGCGGGUUGCGUGCUAUUGCUGGCCGCUUCCGCCUUUUCUAGCACUCCGCACCACAGCAACAAGAGAGCAAAUACUUGCACGGUCCCAAGCAAAUACAAGUCAUCUGGAGGAACCGCUGACGAUUCCUCGGCCAUAGCGUCUGCAUUCGCAAAGUGCUCGCAAGAUGCGACCAUUGUCUUCAGCGAAGGAGCCGACUACAAUGUCCUCCAGCCUAUUCACGCUACCAACCUUUCCAACGUCGUUAUUCAAAUGCAAGGCACGCUUCACCUGCCACAAAACAUCACUGCAAUCCAGGCUGUAGUCAACAAGACGACGGCAGCAACAAAUGCAUCUGCCCUCUAUUGGUUCACACUCGGCGGCAACGAGGUCGAGUACAUUGGCACGCAAAACGUGACCAACGGCUGGAUCGACAGCUACGGUCAAGCAUGGUGGGACGCCAACCCUGUGAACGGAAGCGGCACAGCGUCACGCCCACACCUGAUGAGCUUCAACGUGACCAACGGAGCGAUGCGGUACUUCAAAUCACGCAAACCGAUCGCCUGGGGCGUACAGGUGAGCGGGAAGAACAUUACCAUCACCGACUCUGUCGUCGACGCGGUAUCCAACAGCACAGCAUUCCCGUUCAACACCGACGGCUUCGACGUCGGCGGCAGCGACAUCUCAAUCCUCAACAGCGUCAUAUUCAACGGCGACGACGCGAUUGCCGUACAGUCCGGCGCACAUAACAUCCUGUUCCAGGGCGGGACGAUCGGAUACCAAAGUCAUGGAAUGUCAAUCGGAUCACUGGGCCAGGACCAGACGCAGUUUGCGAAUGUUUCUAACAUCACGUUCGACGAUAUCACUGUCAUCAACGCGGUGUAUGCCUCGCGCUUCAAGUCGUGGAUCGGAGGUCAGGGGUUGGCGAAGAACAUCACUUGGUCGAAUCUGAGGGUAUAUAAUGUGACGUUUCCCAUCUUUGUGACUCAGACGUACGUAAAUCAGGGGUCGCCUCAGACGCAACUUCAGAAUGGGACGACGGUGGGAAGACCGAAUAACUCGACGGUGAAUAUGGAGGGGUUCACUUGGGCUAACAUUACGGGGACGAUCAAUUCGUUUAAUCCGGGAGAUGGAUCGUGUGUGAGCGAUCCCUGCUGGUAUAAUGUUGGACUGCCGGAUCUCCAGCACACCGAGGCCAUUAUCGUUGAAUGCAACACCAACUCUUCUUGCAAGGACUUCGUGUUUGAUAGUAUUCAGGUUUUUCCUGAAACGAUGCAGGCUGCCACAGUGGUUUGCAUGAAUGCGACGGCCACGUUGAACGCGGAUCUGGGCUUCCGAUGUGGCAACGGCACGUUUGUGCCGCUUUGAAUGAAUGGGAGAUUCGUCGUAGCUGUGGACGAAGGGAUGAAGCAUGCAGCACGUGAACACAACGCAGGAAAGGAGAGCAGCUGGUGGACCGUGCCUGACGGCGAUGGCCAGAAGUGAUUGAGAUGGGUGACUGCGUGAUCAU